UCGUCGAAGGCGACAGCUGCGUUGCACUGGCCGGACAUCGUAUAAUCGUGAGGCACGCGAAAAAGACGAUCGCCCCGCAGCACGAGACCACGCGCACUUGGUAGAGGGCAGAAAUUGCGCUGGUUUGGACCAGAAGCCGGGAGCACAAGGACGAAGAAGAAGAAGAAAAGAAGAAGUGUUCGGUGGCACUUACCAUUUACAGUUUUUUAAUAAAGAUAGCCUAAUUUCAUCCAAAUCUUGGCCAAUCCCCCACAGUGGGUGUGCGCCAUCGCUCAAGGAAUACCAUACCAUACCAUACCACCUGCCCGGUCCUCGGAAGCGCAAGCACAGACCUUUCGACAGUCAUGCUCCUCGGCCUCGCAGUUGUCGCCGCAGCAUUCCUAUUCCUGCUCAAGCAUGUCUCCUGGACUGUGGUGAAGAGCACCAGGCUGCUUCUUGGGCAUUGCUUUCACUGCCUCAUCGAAUGCACUGCCAUGGACCUCAUAAGUCAGGGCUCUGAACACCUGUCUGCGAACAUAGACGAAGCGUUCGCAAGCCUGCUCGCAGCCUGCGGUCAGCAGUCAUUCGCGACGUUUGACCAGCUCUUCAGCCACAUUGUUUUAAAGGAGGAAGGCAAGUUCGAGAAGAUUGCCGAGGGCAAGAACUCGGAGGUCUUCCGCAUCCAGACUUAUACGGGCGACAGCGUGCUCAAGGUGGUGAAGCUCGGCUACACGCAAGAGUCGCAGCAUCGCCUCUUGACCGAAAUGAAGAUAGCCUCGAGGCUCACAGCGCUAAGAGACAGGCUGGACUUCUUCACGAAGGGCUUCGUCGAACUCAAGAGCGUCACUUGCGUGUUCGACAAAUGCCCCGCAGAACUCCUCGAGGCCCGAGAACGAGCAGCCCGAACGCUACAUGAUGAGCGCCGAGACGGAAAUGAGUCGGCUCGAACACCACGAGCGUACCUGGUCUGGCACAUGUCAUACGGCGGCGUUCCUCUCGACAAGAUCGAGUUGAAGAGGCCGCUAAACCUCUGGAGCAUCCUGCACCAGGUGGCGAUGUCCCUGGCCGUGGCCGAAGAGGCACUGCAAUUCGAACACCGGGCACUCUUGCUGCGUCGUGUGCUCGUCAAGUACACGCUCGAGUACGCCUCCCGCUACACCAUCCGCGGCCGCGACUAUGUCAUCGAGACGUGGUUUCUGGAGGCCUGCAUCUUGGGCGGCGCCUCGGCCCGUCUCAGCGAUGGCGACACACCGGUCUUCACGGUGAUCAAGCACGAUUCACACGAGCCGAUGGAGCGUCACCUUCUCAACGUCGACAUUAAUAUGAAGAUAGUAAUCAGGAACGACUGGCGCGCAUUCCACCCUCUCACCAACCGUCUAUGGCUGCGCUACUUGACCAAGGAACUGCGUUGGCUAUACAAGUACAGAUUCGGCAGCGACAUGAACGAAUUCGAGACACCCUUCUGGUGGGAUAUUGGCAGCUGGAAGAAGAAGCUAUUCAAGUACUCUUCGCUAGCCGAGUUCGUCGCAAACCUCCCCCACGUCCGAGCGCAAAGACGCCACGGGGGCUUGACGACGACGACGGGUUGAUUGCGCGAGGAGAAACACGUUUGAUCGA